CCCAGGAGCCAAGGCCGGGCAGGGGGCUCGGCUCUCAGCCCCCAGCUGGGCCACCAUGGCGCGGCGGCUCCAGGACGAGCUGGCCUCCUUCUUCUUUGAGUAUGACACUCCCCGCAUGGUGCUUGUGCGCAACAAGAAGGUGGGCGUCAUCUUCCGCCUGAUCCAGCUCGUGGUUCUGGUCUACGUCAUUGGGUGGGUGUUUGUCUAUGAGAAGGGCUACCAGACCUCGAGUGGCCUCAUCAGCAGCGUGUCUGUGAAACUCAAGGGUCUGGCUGUGACGAAGCUCCCAAGCCUGGGCCCCCAGGUCUGGGAUGUGGCUGACUACGUCUUCCCAGCCCAGGGGGACAACUCCUUUGUGGUCAUGACCAAUUUUAUCGCCACCCCCCGGCAGGCCCAAGGCCACUGUGCAGAGAACCCAGAAGGGGGCACGUGCACGAAUAAUAGUGGCUGCACCCCGGGAAAGGCAGAAAGGAAGGCCCAAGGCAUCCGCACAGGCAAGUGUGUGGCCUUCAACGACAUCGUGCAUACGUGUGAGAUCUUUGGCUGGUGCCCCGUGGAGGUGGAUGACAACAUCCCAUGCCCUGCCCUUCUCCGAGAGGCCGAGAACUUCACUCUCUUCAUCAAGAACAGCAUCAGCUUUCCACGCUUCAAGGUCACCAGGCGCAACCUGGUGGAGGAGGUGGAUGCCGCCUACAUGAAGACCUGCCUCUAUCACAAGACCUUGCACCCACUGUGCCCAGUUUUCAAGCUCGGCUAUAUGGUACAAGAGUCAGGCCAGAAUUUUAGCACCUUGGCCGAGAAGGGCGGGGUGGUAGGCAUCACCAUCGACUGGCACUGUGACCUGGACUGGCAUGUGCGACACUGCAAACCCGUCUAUGAGUUCCACGGGCUGUAUGAAGAGAAAAAACUGUCUCAAGGCUUCAACUUCAGGUUUGCCAGGCACUUCGUGGAGAAUGGGACCAACUACCGGCACCUGUUCAAGGUGUUUGGGAUUCGCUUUGACAUCCUCGUGGACGGCAAGGCUGGCAAGUUUGACAUCAUCCCCACCAUGACCACCAUUGGCUCUGGGAUUGGCAUCUUUGGGGUGGCCACGGUUCUCUGCGAUCUGCUGCUGCUCCACAUCCUGCCCAGGAGGCACUACUACAAGCAGAAGAAGUUCAAGUACGCGGAGGACAUGGGGUCAGGGCCGGAGGCGCACGACCCUGCGGCCACCAGCUCCACCCUGGUUCUGCAGGACAACGUGAAGACAUCCUGACCUCUGUCCCCCCCCUCCUACUGGACACAGCAGGCAGGGAGCCUGGUGGGGUCUCAGCCAGGGUGGAGGGGUCUCCCCAGGAGCGCUCCCACCCUCUCGGCCAGGCAGACACCAGGUUGCCGGAAGCUCAGGGUGGA